AAGAAAGUCUGGUCAUUAGAAGUGAAUUUGGUCUUUCAUCUAUAUUUUGUAUUAAAUUUGAAUUUUUAGAGAUCAAAUUAGGUAUUUUAAACAUAUAAAUCUGUGUAUAAUUUCUCAAUUGCAAGCUGUGUCCGGUAGAGUCGACUUGAAGACAAACUGGUUGAGAAAUAAAGGUGCAAUAUCCCAUCUUUGUUUAUUGGGAAGUGGAAAUGGCCGAAAAUAAGACAAUGUCUGACGAAUUCAAAGCCACAGGAAACAAAGCAUUAACAGAAGGAAGAAUAGCGGACGCAAUCGAAGCUUAUACAAAAGGAAUUGAAAUUGAUAAAGACAAUCAUAUACUGUACAGCAAUCGUUCAGCAGCUUAUGCCAAGGAUGAAAAAUAUUCGGAAGCAUUGACUGAUGCAGAGAAAGUUAUUGAACUGCAGCCUAAAUGGCCAAAGGGCUACUCACGUAAGGGAUCAGCAUUACAAUUUCUCACAAGAUAUGACGAAGCCAAGAAUACUUUCGAAGAAGGUUUGAAAAUUGAUUCAAACAAUGAACAACUAAAGAAAGGACUGAAGGAAUGUGAAGAUGAAAUUUCUAGAAAAAACUUUGACCAAAGCAGUCCGAUUGGAAAUCCUUUUGCGAAUAUCAGCUCCAUACUUCCGAGACUUCGAGCAAAUCCGAAAACAGCGAAACAUUUGUCCGACCCGACUUACAUGGCGAUGCUAAAAGAUUUAGAAGCCAAUCCAAAGUCUUUAACAAGGUACCUGACAGACCCCAGAAUGACUGAAACAAUCGGGGUUAUUUUGGGGGUGGAUAUAAUGAGCCCCGAUGCAUUUCAACCACCACAACCGAAUAUGUCAACACCAAGCGAAUCAACGUCAAAACCUGCUGAACCGGAACAAAAACAAGAAAGUAUGGAAACGGAGGAAUCCGAUGAAGUUAAAAAAUCAUUAGAAGAAAAAGCUCUUGGAAAUUCGUUCUACAAGAAAAAGGAAUUUGAAAAAGCACUGGAGCAUUACGAUAAAGCGAUCGAAUUGGACGGCACAAACAUAACCUUUUACACAAACAAAGCUGCUGUCUAUUUUGAACAAGGAGAUUAUGAUAAAUGUCGCGAAACCUGUUUCAAAGCUGUUGAUGUUGGACGAGACCACAGAGCUGAUUAUAAACUUGUGGCAAAAGCGUUUGCAAGGAUUGGAACCUCUCACAUGAAAGAGAAGAAUUUUUCCGAAGCCAUAAAGUACUUGAACAAGUCUCUAACUGAGCACAGGACCAAGGAUACGUUAGAAAAACUACAAGCUUGUCAAAAAGCCGUCAAGGAAGCGGAAAGAUUGGCAUAUAUUAAUCCUGAUUUAUCACUGGAAGAGAAGACUAAAGGAAAUGAAGCUUUCCAGAAAGGUAAAUUCCCGGAUGCCGUUAAAUUUUACACAGAGGCAGUCAAGCGUAACCCUGACGAUGCUAAGUUAUACUCGAAUCGCGCCGCAGCCUACAUGAAGUUGAUGGAAUUCAGUCUGGCAUUGAAAGACAGUGAAGAAUGCAUCAAGAAGGAUCCAACUUUUGUCAAAGGUCACAUUCGAAAAGGAGCUGCGUUAGAAGCAAUGAAGGAGACAACCAAGGCGAUGGAUGCUUAUCAGAAAGCUACGGAUCUGGAUCCUAAUGCUAAGGAGGCUUCAGAGGGAUAUAUCAGAUGCUUGAAUAAUGACAUGCAGACUCGACAUGACCCAGAAUCAGUUCGCCGACGAGCGAUGGCCGAUCCUGAAGUCCAAGAAAUCAUGUCUGAUCCGGCCAUGAAGAUGAUUUUGGACCAAAUGCAAAAUGACCCAACUGCUGCAUCAGAGCAUCUGAAGAAUCCAGAGAUCAGGAAACGAAUUCAAAAACUGAUGGAUGUUGGAUUGCUAACAAUUCGAUGAAGGAAAGGUCAUAUGGGACA